AUGUAUAGCUUGACUUGUCAAUGUCUCCUGUAUCUGUCUUACCCACUUGAGGCGUGCCUCGAUGGGAAGUGUUUGACAAGGGGGAAGUUAUGUAUUGGCUCACUGUCUACAGCACUUGAGCAACGACGUUCUUCACCCAUAUGGUAGUGGAAACGUGUACGGUCUGACUCUGGACGGAGCCACCAUCUCAGAUUCAGCUUGCGUCGAAGUGAGUAGGACAAAGGCCGGGAGAUGGGUGUAUCUAGGGAGAUUUUGUACGGUGGUUGUUAUAUGGUGAUGUUUGUAUGGUUGUGCUCUUUGUAUGGCGGUGUUUGUAUGGUGGUGUUUCCUGUAUGGGGAUCUCUGUACGGUGGUGUUUGUAUGAUGAGCUUUGUAUGGGGAGCUUUGUAUGGUGGUGUUUGUAUGGUGGUGUUCGAGCUUCCGGCAGUCAACCCGGCCAACAACUCGGCCGCAACCCCAUCCCUCCGUCUGGCCCGACUCCCGCCCCCAACCCUGGGUUCAACUGACGACAAGCCCAAGCCAAAAAGGAAAUACAUCCGGGGAGCCCCAAGAAAGAAGCACGAUGGGGAUGCUUGUCGGAUAUUCUUUGAAGGAGGGUCUCUGUAUGGUCAUAUUUGUCGGGGAGUAUCUGUAUGGUGGUGUUUGUACGACACUUAGUCAGGUGGUCUGUUCCAUCGGAACUCGCGUCGGGCGGGGAACAACGCAGUUUCUCUCAAGAUCCGACGGACCGCACCAACAUGGACGAGAUCGAGGCCCUGUUCGUUUCGAGCAUCUUGCAAGCAGACUGAGAUCGGCGGGCAGAAGCGUGCUUAUCGUGCUUGAGCGAAGCGACCAAGCUGGGCGGGGUGGUGUUGAUUAUUG